AUGCCACGUCGAUACGCCGAGAGAGGGACAGAAAGAGCCGAGCCAGCCAGACGACGAUACAGGGGUACGUGGCGAAAGAGUCCAGCCAAGCCAGUCCAGGGAAAGAGGGGAAGAGAGGAGACAAGCCCAGCAGGAAUGGUGUGGCAAGGUUUCCGUACAGCCAGCCAGUCCCCUAACAAACUCACUGUAAAGUCGUUCGGAGACUGCUGA